GGAAAGGGAACGGGGCUUUACCGACAGCCACGGCCGGAGCGUGCCCGCCAUGGCGGCCGUGCUCUCGCGGCGCCUCGGGAAGCGCUCCCUGCUCGGCACCCGCGUGGCUGAUCCCGAAAUCCCGGAGCUCUCCCCGCUCGAUGACGGAUCCACAAAUCCCGGCUCAACAAAUCCCAGCUCAACGAAUCCCGGAUUAACAAAUCUCGGAUUGCCGAAUCUCGGAUUCCCAAAUCUUGGAUUGCCAAAUUCUGCAUCGCCAAAUCCUGGAUUCCCAAAUCUUGGGUCCCCAACUCCUGGAUUCCCAAAUCCUGGAUCACCGAAUCCUGGAUUGCCAAAUUCCGGAUUCCAAAAUUUUGGAAGCGUCCGGCAGCUCCAAGGGCAGCAGGUCUUGGUCACUUCCCUGGAUGAGCAAAUCCCGGGAUUCCCGGCGUGCUGGAGGGUGCAGGACACGCUCCAGGCCCCAUCCCUGCCCAAUUCCGGCAUUCCCGAGAGAUCCGUGUCCAGCAACAUCGACGUUCCCAAAAGGCGCCCGGACGCGGCGGUGGAGAUGGACGAGAUGGUGGCGGCCAUGGUGCUGACGAGCCUGUCCUGCAGCCCCGCCCUGCAGAGCCCCUCGCAGGUGGCCGCAGGUGACCCCUGGAAGGACGGCGGGGACGUGUCCGACAGCGGCAGCAGCACCACCAGCGGCCACUGGAGCUCCGGGGGCGGCCACUGGAGCAGCGCUGGCAGUGCCACCGCGUCCCCCCCUCACCGCGGUGGCAGUGCCACCCCGUCACCCCCUCACUGUGCCGGCAGUGUCACCUCGUCCCCUCCUCACCGCCCUGGGAGUGUCACCUCGUCCCCUCCUCACCGUGCCAGCAGUGCCACCCCGUCCCCUCUGACCGACGACGGCUUCGACACCGACCCCGAGCCCUCCCCGCCGGGGGAGCCGGCGCCGCGCCGGAGGAAGAACUCGGCCCGGGUGAUGUUCAAGUGCCUGUGGCCCGGCUGCGGCAAGGUCCUGCGCUCCGGCGUCGGCAUCAAGCGCCACGUGCGCACCCAGCACCUGGGGGACGGCUCCGCGUGGGAGCAGCGGGAGCGUGAGGAGGAUUUUUACUACACCGAGGUGCAGGCCCGGGAGGAGCCACCAGCCGAGCUGCCACCCCCUGCUGUCACCGGUGUCACCUCUGUCACCAGUGCCACCGUGCCCUGCUCUGCCCCCAUCGUCAUCCAGCCCGGGCCCUGCCAGCCCGGCCUGAGCCACUCGGCCCCCGGCUCCUUCUGGCACAUCCAGGCCGACCACGCCUACCAGGCGCUGCCCUCCAUCCAGAUCCCGGUGUCCCCUCACAUCUUCACCAGCAUCAGCUGGGCCGCUGCCACCUCCACCCUGCCGUCCCUGUCACCGUCACUGUCACCGUCCCUGUCACCGGCGCGGAGCCGCUCCCUCAGUCUCAGCGAGCCUCGGCCGCCGCCAUUGCUGCAGCCCCAGCUCCUCGUGGCCUCCCCUCCUCGCCUCCCCCUCACCACCAGAAAAAUCCGCGGCGAAGCCAAGAAGUGCCGCAAGGUUUACGGCAUCGAACACCGGGACCAGUGGUGCACGGCGUGCCGCUGGAAAAAAGCCUGCCAGCGUUUCCUGGACUGAACCCCACUCCCACCUCCUCCUUUUUCCCACCUGGAAUUCCCUCUGGAAUCCAGGAAUUCCUUUCUGGAAUCCGGGAAUUCCCCUCAAAUCCGGGAAUUCCCCUCAAAUCGGGAAUUCCCUCAUUGCUGCAACCCAGGGACCGUGGGGGUCCCUCCCGAGCUGUGGGAAUCCUUCCAGAAAAUCCUUCCAGGAAAUCCUUCCAGAAAUCCCUUUCCUGCUUUUUUUCCUCCCCAUUUUUAAACCUGAAGAGGAAUUCAAGGCUGGGAAAAAACGGAAUUUGCAUCCUCGGGGUAUUUCACGGCGAUUUGGGGACCAAAGAUUUUUUUUUUCUCCGGAAUUUCCCAGAUCUGCUGGAAAAUUCCCCAAAAUUUGGAGUUUUGGGGCAGUGCUGUCUUUGCCUAAAAAGUGCAAAUCCCUCAGAUCCUGUAAGGAAAAGGUGGGAAACAAUAAAAAAGAAAAUGUUGGGAUAUCCCAGGAAAGAUUUUAUUUUUUUGGGGAGCUGGAAGUUCCCAUUCCUGUAGGGAUGUGGCUUUUCCCUUGGUUUUUGGGGAGAAAAAUUCCCCAAAAAAAUUUAAAUCAGGAAAACUUUUUCAGGGAUUCCUCCUCUUUCAAGGAAUUCCCAAAUUCCUUCAAAACCAAGCUGAGGAAUUUUUUGGGUUUAAUGGAUUUUCCAGCAGCUGGAAAAAAAUGAGAAGUUUCUUUUGUGUAUCCCUAAAUGAAUCCAGUUUGGAAUCAUGGAAUGACCUGAAAGGUCUCAAAUUCCAACUUUUUCCAUUUGCUGGGAAUAUUUUUUGGAAUCCCAUGGAGUUGGCUGAGCCAAGAGCAAUCCCAGCUUGGUUUUAGGGAUUUAAAAGCAUCAGAGUUACUUAAAAAAAAAAAAAAAAAGGGGGAAUUGAAUAAUUGGGAGAAUCCAAAAUUGGGAAUCUCAGCCAGGUUGGGGAAUUUUUCUGUGGAAUUUUCUGUGAAAUUUCCAGCUCAGGUUUGAAAUAUUUGGAGAAACAGAAAAAUGGGAGAGGGGAAAACCCAAAAAAGGAGAAUUUUUGUUUUCCUCAGACCUUGUGUCUUUAUCCCUGUGCUUUGGAGAUUUCAUUCCCUGUUUUUCAUGGCCCACAUGGAUCUGGCCAUGGCUCAGCUCUAGCUCCUUUUUCCCUCCUUUUUUCCCCUCCUUUUUUCC